AUGGCGUCCAGCGACAUCGACGCGGAGGUGCAGGCGCUGCUGACGCCGGACAACGCGAGAUUCGAGGCCCUGCUGCAGAGCCUGACGUCCGCGGACAACGAUGCGAGGGGCAAAGCGGAGGCGGUGUUCGCGGGGCUGCGCGGCAGGCCCGACCUGUGCGCCCAUUACCUGGUGUCCACGCUGCGGGGCUGCGCCUCGGUGCAGCACAGGUCCUUCUGCGCGGUGAUGAUUCGAAAGGUACUGGCCAAGGGGGACCGACCCAUGUGGCCGGAGCUCAGCAAGCAAGUGCAGGACCUUAUGAAGAACGAGCUGCUGAACUCCGUGAAGGAGGAGCGCGAGAGGCGCGUCGUGCGCAAGGUCUGCGACGCCGUUUCGGAGCUGGCCGCGCUGGCGCUUGACGGCGACGGGUGGCCAGAGAUAAUUCCCUUUAUUUUCCAGUGCGUCCAAUCGGGCCAAGCGCACUUGAUGGAGAGCGGGCUACUGAUUCUGUCAGACUUCGCUCAGAAGGACCAUCAUGACUCGCUCAAGGAGUAUAGCGGGCCCCUCCUUCAAGUGUUGGAGGCCUGUCUCAAGCACCAGGCUGGGGAUGUGAAGCUCGCCGCUUUUGGGGCAACCUGUGCUGUUGUACAGUAG